AUGACGUUGUGCUUCAUCUUUUCUCCAGAAAUGGGUUAUUGUCUUCAGUCCCUGAGAGCACUGACAGGCAGCGGCAGAGUGGAAGGACAGGGAGGUAACGGCUCCUUGGUAAACUCAAUAAAGGUUGGCUAUGAAGCUGCUUUCUGUCCAUCCCAUACUGUGGUCCGGUUUGCUGGUUUUGUGUGCCUCAGGAAUUGAGACGGAGUCCAACACUACAGAUGCCUGUGAGGAUAAAAUGGAUACGGGCAGCCUCGUUCCACAGGGCCGUCCGGGGCAGGGACAUGAUGUUGAGUUUAAUGUGAACGACCUCUGCCUCCUUUACCCAACGGAUAUACUCAACUGCUCCUGGUCCUUCGACACUUUACAGAAGGAUGCUCAGCUCUUUGUCCAUCUCAGUAUCUGUGAUGACGACAGAGCGGUUCACUAUACGAACAUUUCGUCUGGGGAGAGGGUCGGAUUGAGUUCUUUGACUCCGCACAAGCUCGAUGCGCUGUACGUAAUCCUCCACUUUAACAUAACCCUGCACGAUGCAUGGACAGUCUACACCUCGACCUACGACAUGGAUAUGCUUGAGGUCCUGCCUCCACCCCAAAAUAUCUCCUUAUCAGUCAAAGAUGGAGACCUGUUCGUGAAGUGGGGUCUGCCCAAAGAUCAAGUCAAGCCUUCGUGCUUAGAAUACCAGCUGGACAUGGGUGACCAGGAAAGACCCAAACACUUGAUCGACCAGCAGUCUUACAAAGAGCCCAACAUAGACCCCCACUGCACCUACAGCGUGAGGCUGAGGACGAGGAAGAUGAGCAUCUGUCAUGAUUCUUCCCAAUGGAGCGACUGGAGCUCCGCCAUCAAGGUGGAACCGUCAGUUGAAAAACUCAGCCCUCUGGUAAUCGUCUUAAUGUCACUUGGGAUACCCAUGAUCCUCCUGGCUGUGCUGCUGCUGUUGCGCCAUCAGAGGGUGGCUGAGGUUCUGUUUCCUCCGAUUCCUCGGCCCCCGCUAAAGUACAAAGGUUUCCUGGAAAAAAGUGACACAUUCAAUCUCUUCUACCCUGUUCCGCCAGCUGAGCCAGUGGAGGAGAUCACAGAGGUGGAGGACACAUAGCAAAAGCCUGAAAAGACAUUAUGGAAAAGCAAUGUGGGAAGCGCCUCGCGGUGUGCGUAUGCGUUUUUGCUCUGCUUGGUCAACAUCUUGUGUUUGUUUUGGUUGUUUUGUUGUUAAUUUAGACAAAGGGGACAUUUUUCAGUGAUGAGUUUUGAAGAAAUACAUUAGUUUUGCUUGAACUUGCUGGUUUGCUGGUUUGAAACGUAGAUCUAGUGUUUCUUUGGUUGUGAAAUAAAGUUGAGUGACACACAAAAAUAG